GAGGAGGCCGGUGCCGCCGCCGUCAUGGCCCUCGAGCGUGUUCCCGCCGAUAUCAGAGCCCAGGGUGGCGUGGCGCGCAUGUCGGACCCCAGCAUGAUCAAGGACAUCAUGAAGUCCGUCACCAUCCCCGUCAUGGCCAAGGCUCGUAUUGGUCACUUCGUCGAAUGCCAGAUCCUCGAAGCCAUCGGCAUCGACUACAUUGACGAAUCCGAAGUUCUGACCCCCGCCGACGACGUCUACCACGUCACCAAGCACAACUUCAAGGCUCCCUUCGUCUGUGGCUGCCGCAACCUGGGUGAGGCUCUCCGCCGUAUCUCCGAGGGUGCUGCUAUGAUCCGCACCAAGGGUGAGGCUGGCACCGGAGACGUCGUGGAGGCCGUGAAGCACAUGCGCACCGUCAACGCCCAGGUUGCUCGCGCUCGCGCCAUCCUGCAGUCCUCCGCCGACCCCGAGCCCGAGCUCCGCGCUUUCGCUCGCGAGAUCGAAGCCCCCUACGAGCUGGUGCGCCAGACCGCCGAGCAGGGCCGUCUCCCCGUGGUCAACUUCGCCGCCGGUGGCGUUGCCACUCCCGCCGACGCCGCGCUCAUGAUGCAGCUGGGCUGCGACGGCGUGUUCGUCGGUUCGGGUAUCUUCAAGUCAGGCGAUGCGAAGCAGCGCGCCAAGGCCAUCGUCCAGGCCGUCACUCACUACAAGGACCCCAAGGUCCUGGCCGAGGUCAGCGAGGGACUGGGUGAGGCGAUGGUUGGCAUCAACGUUUCGCAAAUGCAGGAGGCCGACAAGCUGGCCAAGCGCGGCUGGUAGAUUGCCUCCUUUGGUUUCCGUUUUCCUUUCUUAUCCUGUCUUCAUUCCAUCCAUACAUUUUAUUUUCUGGCGGGCGUUGAGAGAAAAGUUGGUAUAGUGUCAUCGAGAGAGGCUGCCAUUCCUUCCUGUUGAUAUAUUGCAUAAUGUAUACCUUUGACCUAGGCUUCCGGGCUGAGAUAGUACAUUUGGCUUAGUUUGUGUUAUGAGCUACGAGCACAUGAAAGACUAUUGUGACCAUCCAAUUCCUUUUUUUGCACCAAGUGAUUGAAUUCCUCCGAGGUGGCUGUUCUGUCGGUAGCUUACGAUAAUGAAAUGUCACCAUUGAC